AUGAUCCCCAUCUCAAUUCUCUGGCGUGCGCCAGAAGUCAAUCCUGUCAACCAGAAAGCACGGUCGAUCCCUGUCCUCAACCCUUUCGACAAAUAUGGCCGAGUUUUCUUCUUCUCUUGGUUCGGAUUCUUCAUCGCCUUCUGGUCCUGGUACGCUUUCCCUCCAUUGAUGACCGUCACCAUCAAAAAGGAUCUCAACAUGUCCACCGUGGACGUCGCCAAUUCCAACAUCGCUGCGUUAACGGCCACGCUUCUGGUUCGAUUCGUCGCCGGUCCCUGCUGUGACCGGUUUGGUGCAAGAUGGACAUUCAUCGGCACCCUGCUCCUGGGAUCAAUUCCCACUGCUCUGUCUGGCACCGUUUCAAGUGUGGCCGGCUUGAUCACGAUCCGCUUCUUCGUCGGCAUUCUUGGAGGUACUUUCGUACCUUGUCAAGUCUGGUCAACCGCAUUUUUUGACAAGAACGUGGUGGGAACGUCCAAUGCGUUGAUUGGAGGCUGGGGCAAUUCUGGUGGAGGUAUUACCUACUUCCUCAUGCCUGUGAUUUUCAACAGCCUCGUGAAUCACCAAGGACUUUCAGAGCAUGUAGCCUGGCGAGUUGCCUUCAUCGUACCAUUCAUUCUCAUCGUCGCCACCGCUCUAGGCAUGACGCUCUUUUGUCCGGACACUCCAACGGGCAAAUGGAGCGAGCGACAUCUUCAUACUUCUCAACUUCUUUCCUCUCACGGCCUCAGCAUCACCACCGAUGAGAAGGGCAUUUCCCAUGAACCAAGCGGCAGUUCGACGCCGAACCGCGACAUGGAAAAAGUUGAUUCGAAAGGCGCCACGGCCCCAACCUCUCACAACCCAGAAGCUCAUCUCUCGUCGCAAGAAAUGCUCGACAUUGCUCGGGGAGAAGUGAUACAGAAACCGACCUUCAAAGAGGCUCUGAACGUCAUCUUCUCCCUGCAGGCUCUCUUCCACUGCGCGACGUACUUCUGUUCUUUCGGUGGCGAACUAGCGAUCAAUUCAUAUCUUGGGGCAUACUAUCUGAAGAAUUUCCCGGAACUCGGCCAGACUGGCUCAGGCCGUUGGGCGAGUAUGUUCGGCUUGUUGAACGUUGUGACGCGCCCGUUAGGUGGCGUCGUUGCCGAUAUCCUCUACAGAUAUACUAAGUCGACGUGGGUGAAGAAAAUCUGGAUCCUGUUCGUGGGCGUUGUCUCCGGCGCCUUUCUCAUUGCCAUCGGCCUGACUGACCCGCACGACGAGGCGACGCUCUUCGGCCUUAUCGCUGCCAUGGCCGUGUUUCUUGAGGCCGGCAACGGCGCCAACUUUGCCCUGGUACCCCACGUCCAUCCCUUCGCCAACGGCAUCCUAUCGGGCCUCACCGGCGCCGCAGGCAAUUUGGGUGGUGUCUGCUUUGCGAUCCUCUUCCGGUUCCACGGCAAAGACUACGCUGCCAGUUUCUGGAUCUCUGGCGUCAUGGUGAUUGCCAUGAAUGUAGCUGUUUCUUGGAUCAGACCUGUGCCGAAGCACCAGAUUGGAGGGCGAUAA